AAAGACUAUAAACAGCAUCAACGUCUUUCUUAGGCUGAAGGAUACUGGUGCUAGGUUUCCUGUACAUCGACGUCGAAAUCAUAUUCAGAUUCAAUAGAGGGACUGCCAGGACAGACGGAGGAAGCUAUCGACAUCUAGUGAGAUUGGGCUAUCUUCAAACGAGUCGCAGUAUUGGAAAAGCCUCGAAGAUGGCGCCACCAGCAGUCUUAAUGGUAGGUACUGGAGAGUACACUACGGGUUUCGUCUCAGGCGCUGCGUCGACUUCGGACAAGAAGGUGGGAGUUGUCGGCUUGACACUCUUCGAUCUCCGCCGACGAGGAAAAGUAUCAGACCUGUCCAUGGCAGGCGUGUCUGGUCAGAAAUUCCCCGCCAUCAGACAACAUCUGCAAAAGAACAUCUCGGAAGCGUACAAUGGACUGGACGUAUCUUUCCAGUCUUUCCCCUCUGACGACAAAUCCAAUCCACAAUCCUACAAGACAGCCAUCGACGCUCUGCCUCAGGGCUCGGCCGUGACGAUUUUCACGCCCGACUCAACGCACUACGAGAUCGCCAAAUACGCCAUCGAGCGGAGGAUCCACGUCAUGCUCACCAAACCCGCGACGAAACUCCUGUCUCACCACCUCGACCUGCUCGCCCUGGCCCGGAAGCACAAGGUAUUCGUCUACAUAGAGCACCACAAGCGAUUCGACCCGGCGUACGCGGACGCCAAAUUCCGCUCCCGCAAUCUCGGGGACUUCAACUACUUCUACAGCUACAUGUCGCAGCCAAAGUCGCAGCUCGAGACGUUCAAGGCCUGGGCGGGCAAGGAGUCGGACAUUUCGUACUACCUCAACUCGCACCAUGUCGAUAUCUGCGAGUGGAUGGUCCGAGACGCCGGUUGGCGACCUGCGAGUGUACGCGCGAGCGCGAGCGUUGGCAUUGCCGAGUCGGUGGGAUGUGCCAAGGGCACGGAGGACACGAUCACGCUGCUCGUCGACUGGGUGAGGAGUACCGAUGACAAGCGCGCAACUGGGAUAUACACGGCGAGCUGGACGGCGCCGAUGAAUGCAGGUGUGCAUUCACAGCAGCAUUUUCAUUAUAUCGCGUCAAAGGGCGAAGUAAAUGUCAACCAGGCGAAGCGUGGGUAUGAUGUUGUGGACGAGAAUGAUCAUUCGGGAAGCUCGUUGAAGUGGUAUAACCCGUUUUAUAUGCGGUAUGCGCCGGACGAGGAGGGUAACUUUGCUGGCCAGGGUGGGUAUGGAUAUGUGAGCUUUGAGAAGUUUGUCGACGGUGUAACGGCGGUGAACGAGGGUAGAGUCAGCCUUGAGGAGUUGGACAAGAGAGGCCUGCCCACGCUGAGAAAUACUGUUCUCACAACGGCCAUACUGGAGGCGGGAAGGAGAAGUCUGGAUGAGGGCGGUAGAUCGAUUGAGAUUGUGGGAGAAGGGGACAAGAUUGAGUUGAAGUAGGAAAAUCUGCGACCAAGUUGAGGCAACAUGAUACAUGUAAUUGUCCUAAGGAUGACUGCGCGAUUCCUCUCGCCUGUGUCUCCUAGCCAAAGAGAAGAAUUGAACGACAAUCUGUAUCGACAAAUGUUGUGGCAACCUGAUCUCGUCUCGCGACGGGCUUGUCGAGAAGC